AUGGGUCGCAAGCCGAACCCCCUCAUCCUCGAAUACUUCGUCCGCGGGCCCAAGCUCAACGACAACAGCAAUCGGUACCCUCACACCUGCAAGCAGUGCGGCGAGAAUUUCCCCAAGGGCCGCAUAGACAGUCUGACGACGCACAUCACAAAGAAAUGCCCUGCCAUCUCAGAUCCGGAUCGCAUGCGCGCCUGCCUCGAGCUGCAUGGCAUCACCAAUGCGAGAGCUGCGGCUGCGGCAGCCGGCGGUGGGCCUGACCGGAAUGGGCUACAGUCCGCCACCUCGCGCCAGGUACAGAACCUGCCUCAGGGAUGGAGUGCCCUCGAGACGCUGGCCGAGGCCUCGCGUCAGGUUGAUCUCAACGAGAACAGCCGUGGCGGUCCCAAGGCGUCUUCUCCCUCACAUGAGCUACCGAGCCCCACCAGCCCGACCCUGGUCAAUGGUGGGGACCCUGCCAACGCCGACUUCAACGCCGACCGCCUCGAGAUGCAGGAGCAGUUCACCCUCGAUAACCCUCCGGGAUCCUACUACGGGCGCGUGCGCAACGGGAGGAAGGGUGAAGACCACCGCCCUACCAUGGCAAUCCAUGAAACUCCACCUCCGGCUGGUCUGACCCCCGAGGAACGAUUGCAGGCGCUGCUGCCGGGAAGUACCUCGUCCCCGGAUGCGUCAAACAUUUCGGUUGCUGUUGCUGCCACUGCGCGACUGAACCCAUCGUUCCUCGAUCCCCAGCUCGUCGAGGAAGACACUCCCAUGCACGAGGCGACUCCAACCCCGGCAGAAGAACCGCAGGUCGUGGACACGGCGCCGACGGCAGAUUCGACGAUGCACACGCACACGCCCACGCCCACGCCCACGCCUGCGCCUGCGCCCACGCCCACGCCUGGACCGGAACUCAGUCCGGUCGUCGCCUCUCAGCAGCCGUGGGGGGAGAUGACGUACCUCGCCGAGGCACCAACGCCCAAUCCCAUAAUGACCGAGGCGCCGCCGAUUGCCCCGAUGCCCAUGAGCCGCGGUGGCAUUCGGAUGGACACGAGCGACGGAUCGAUAAACGGUCGGCCGCGGCACUCUCGGGCGCGGUUCACCCCCGCACGGCGGAAGGAAGUGCAGGAGGUGCGCAAGAUUGGCGCAUGCAUUCGGUGCCGGAUUCUGCGCAAGAAUUGCGGGCGGGGCGACCCGUGCGAUACAUGCCGCAAGGUGCUCUCGCCGCGUGUGUGGCGGACGGGAUGUGUGCGGACGCGGCUCCACGAGCAGCUAGACCUGUACUCUGCGGGCGUCCAGGUGGUGCUAUCGCAGAACAGGAUCAACCUCCUCAAGGAGCAGAUGCGGCCGUUCAAUGACGGGACGACGAUUCAGGUGACGCACUUCCCGGACACAGACAUGUACAUCAGCGCGCCGACGCUGGUGGCCAUGCUGGAGCCAAGCGAGGCGCAGGCGGCGGCGCGCGACAGCAAGGAGCCUUUCCACCAGGUCAUCAUGAUCGACCAGGAGGCCAAGGACAUCCCCGAUAAGAUCGAGCAGUAUAUGCGAGCGGCGCUCCCGCUACUGGUGGAGCGCGAGGUGUCCAACUUCAUGCGGGUGACGCUCCAGGCAGCCCGGCAGCGCCUGGCCGACAACGAGGGCGGUAGCGGCGAGAGCGGCGACGGCCUCCUCGAGAAGGCCCUCGAACUGUGGGGCCUGGUCGAGAUCAUCGACCGCGAGCGCCAGUGGACCUUCCUCGAGAAGCCCGGCGCCGAGGGCGAGGAGCCACGCCUGAUCCGCGAGUCGUCGCAGGGCGGCGGCAACGACACCGACAUCUACACCAUGAUCUGCAUGCAGCUCAACGCCGCCGCCGAGCGCAAGGCCAACAACACGUCCAAGGCCCUCCUCAGCCUCAUGCACCGCCUUCUCCAGGACAGCAAGGCCCGCAUCGACUUCAACAUGUUCCUCACCGCCCUCAUCUUCCUCAACUGCGUCGAGAAGUCCACGUGGGCCUUCAAGGCGUGGGAACAGCAGCACCUGCGGCCCGGGUGGCCCCUCGAGAGGGACCCCAGCGCCUUUACGCAGCAGGGCGCCAACCUCGCCGGUCUGCUCCGCAUGCUCCUGGGCAUCCGGAAGGCGAUGCCCCACACCGCUCGUAGUGAUAAAGGGAAACUUAUCGCUACAGACGACAAUCCCGAGAUUGUUGCUUUUUUCAACAGCCUUGACCUCGACUAUGACGCCGUGGUUUCUCAGCAAAGAGACACACAAUUCUCACCCCUAGACUCGCGAUCCCUCGAACUCACCUUUUGCUCUUCUCUCCUCCUACCGAAUUGA